AUGCUACGAUUCACUAGGCUACUUAAACACCGUAAAGUGUACGGGAGGGCUAUAUAUUCUGUUAAGGCCCCAAAUACAAAAGACACCUCUUCCACUCAGAAUGUCCAGUUUAAAGAUGAAGGCGAUCUAGCUAGUGUCCAGGAGAGAGCUUUAUUCGGAGCAGUUUUCAACAAACUCAUGAAAAGAGAGGAGAUCCGGAAGAAGAGUGGCGGUGAAAUCCUUUCGCAUGCAACUUCCAUAGUACCUGGCGAAAACAAUGACCACAAUGAUGAUGACAGUAGAGGUUUGCAAGUUGUUUUUGAGAAGAAAAACCAGGAGAUUAGACCUGAGGAUAGGAAGCUAUUUGAUUUCUUUAAGAAUACCAGUGGGAGCUCCCAGUUAGGUGAUAUAGGCGAGUCAGCCAAACUAACCACUGAUGAUAUCAGAAACUAUCCCGUAUCGCUCAUUUCAAGCAUAUUCUCAGAGAAAGACCACAAACAAAUGCCAGGGAGCGAAAAGGCUAGCAAAAUUCUUACAGAUGAUAAGGUCACUGCCCUGCUGGACAAAGUGGCGGGGGUUGAGAGCAGUUUAAAUUUGAAGAUGAAUAAAGAAGUCUUGGAGACUUUGGAAGCCAAAGAGAGGUUAAACGCUGCCAUAAAUGGAGCCAUGGAAAAGUAUCUGGCUGAUCUGCAUUCUCAAAUUGAAACUGACUAUGACUUUCUGGCUCUAGUAAAACGGUUCUUGAAUAUGUAUGUCAACAGAGAUACCAUAUUGGACAAUAAUGACCUAAAAUCAUCCGCAGAGAUCGUAAGUCACAUCAAAAAUCAGCUCAGCUUCAAUUCGAAAGAUUUACCACGACCAUAUGGGGUGACCUUGCCCUUCACGCUAGUGAAACUUUUAACCUCAAAGGAAUUAAACUUUCCCUCUGAAAGAAAAUAUGCACUAGCUUCUUACAUCUACCAGGAAUGCAAAAAUUCAAACGAUAUCUCAUUGUAUUUGAAUGUUUGUAACGUUGAUUUUUACAAUCUGCUGUUACAAUUAUCGUGGGAUAACUUUCGUGAAGUUUACCAACUCAAGCAAUUAACGACAGAAAUGAGCAUCAAUGGUAUCCGCGGUGAUAUUUAUACAGUUGAGAUCCUGGGCAAAAUCGCCCAUGAACUGAGACACAUUAACGAUGGAAUAGUUGACGAAGAUACCGGUAUAAUAGAGGGAAAUCCGUUAACAGUUGGCGUUGUGUGGUGUCGAGAAAAUAGUGUUGAUCUACUGCUCCUCGAGAACUACCUCAAGAAGUUAAAAGAGAGUUUAGCCUAG